ACAUCUAUCCACCAGAGACCAGAGGACAAGGAUGUAAGCAACUAUAGGUCACUGUACUGUACGGCCUUCAACAAUGAGACAUCUAUCCACCAGAGACCAAAGGACAUGGAUGUAAGCAACUAUAGAUCACUGUACUGUACGGCCUUCAACAAUGAGACAUCUAUCCACCAGAGACCAGAGGACAUGGAUGUAAGCAACUAUAGGUCACUGUACUGUACGGCCUUCAACAAUGAGACAUCUAUCCACCAGAGACCAAAGGACAAGGAUGUAAGCAACUAUAGGUCACUGUACUGUACGACCUUCAACAAUGAGACAUCUAUCCACCAGAGACCAGAGGACAUGGAUGUAAGCAACUAUAGGUCACUGUACUGUACGGCCUUCAACAAUGAGACAUCUAUCCACCAGAGACCAAAGGACAAGGAUGUAAGCAACUAUAGGUCACUGUACUGUACGGCCUUCAACAAUGAGACAUCUAUCCACCAGAGACCAAAGGACAAGGAUGUAAGCAACUAUAGGUCACUGUACUGUACGGCCUUCAACAAUGAGACAUCUAUCCACCAGAGACCAGAGGACAUGGAUGUAAGCAACUAUAGGUCACUGUACUGUACGGCCUUCAACAAUGAGACAUCUAUCCACCAGAGACCAAAGGACAAGGAUGUAAGCAACUAUAGGUCACUGUACUGUACGGCCUUCAACAAUGAGACAUCUAUCCACCAGAGACCAAAGGACAAGGAUGUAAGCAACUAUAGGUCACUGUACUGUACGGCCUUCAACAAUGAGACAUCUAUCCACCAGAGACCAAAGGACAAGGAUGUAAGCAACUAUAGGUCACUGUACUGUACGGCCUUCAACAAUGAGACAUCUAUCCACCAGAGGCCAGAGGACAAGGAUGUAAGCAACUAUAGGUCACUGUACUGUACGGCCUUCAACAAUGAGACAUCUAUCCACCAGAGACCAAAGGACAAGGAUGUAAGCAACUAUAGGUCACUGUACUGUACGGCCUUCAACAAUGAGACAUCUAUCCACCAGAGACCAAAGGACAAGGAUGUAAGCAACUAUAGGUCACUGUACGGCCUUCAACAAUGAGACAUCUAUCCACCAGAGACCAAAGGACAAGGAUGUAAGCAACUAUAGGUCACUGUACGGCCUUCAACAAUGAGACAUCUAUCCACCAGAGACCAAAGGAUAAGGAUGUAAGCAACUAUA